AAAAAUUAAUGGGGGUCUGUUCUUCGAGAACAUAAAAAAAUCAACAGCAAUACAGUCUAAUAAAUCAAACAUAAACACAGCCAACAGAAUAACCAAAAUAAACAACACAACUAAUAGUAUAACCAUAAUAAAAAACAUAACAACCAAUUUUAGUGAACCAAUACGAAUAAUAAGAAAAUGAAAGAAUGGAUGUGUUCCCAUUAAGUAAAGAAGAAUUUGACCUAUUUAAGGAUGAUGUCUGUAUUAAAAACAUACACAAACAAUUUGAAAAUAUUAAUCAAAUAUUUGAUAGAGUAUGAAAAUAAAUUUAUAGUAGUUGACAUAAGAGCUUGAUAAACUUUCACAGUAAUUUUUAUCAGGAACUGAUUACGAAGCCCUUAAGUGAAG